UAAUCGUCAUGUAAUUAUUUCCCCGCCAUAGGUACCAUUUUCUCAAAUCAAAGAACCUAUUAUAGCUGGCAAUGCUGCGUAAUCAAAACAAAUCUUAAAUGCGAACUGUCAAAUGGUUCAUAUCUUUCUGUUGUCUUCUAGUACGUUUUGUCUAAGCAAUCACAUGAGUGCUCCUUAGUUCAACUUUCUUCGCAGAGAAUUCAAUAAAAUAUGCCGAAAAACGCUGAAGUUUGCCGUCUUCUAGACAUCUUGACCUUAGACAUGUUGGACCUAAUCCAACAGCAAGUGCAAUGUAAAGUGGAUAUUGAGAAACACAAGAAUGAAGGCGACAUCUUGCUGGCCAAGGCGCGCUAUAUUCAGGGAGUCUCGUCAGUUUCAUCAUCCCAAUUGCCCACGGAAAAUAGUGGUGAUUUUCAAGCUUUAACUACUAUUGCACAUUCAGCGGAUGAGUCGACUGGUGCUGAAAAAUUCCAGAUUGAAAAACACCCCGUAAGUAAGGAGGCAGGCUACGUGAACCCAGUGCAUUGGUUCGGAGUGCUAGUGCCGAGAUGUCUGCAAAUGGCCCGGGAUAUGUUCGAUAAAACUUUACAAUUGGUCGUGGAAUCGGCUAAUAUUCAGAAUGAGUUGCGGAAUUGUAUAUGUGGUAUAUUAAGCUUAAAGAAGGUCAAGUAUGAUAUUGAGUAGUUGGUGAAACAUUUGUAUUGCGGGUUCUGUGAGUUUAGAUUCUAAGCUUGAUUGGAAAUAUGAUAAUAUUUGAAAACGUU